UUCGGACAACCACGACAAUAAGAUGCCAUCAAAUAACGGCAAACAAGCCGGCAGGGUUGCACGAGCAGCAACACGGUAUAGACCGGGAAAAGCGCCAACACAAAUCGGACUUGGAGAGACAUAUUCAUCGGAUGAAGAAGAAGAUAAAAAUACACAACAAUCCGAAAGUGGUCCUUCGGUAGAGAAGAGACAGGCUGCUACUGUGAUUAGUACGGGAGAUGGAUCACAGACAUACAAGUCGAUGGACAUAAGAUUGCAGCCGAAAAACGAAGCGAAGCCCGAACAGGAAGAUGAAAGCAGCGAAUAUGAAACGGAUACGGACGAAGAACCUGCUAUAUCAAAUAAACCAGUCUUUCGCAAGCCGGGCAGUGGUCCAUCUAUGCAGCCCAGCACUACAAAGAAGCAAUCAUCCUCUGAAUACGAGACUGACAGUGAAGAGGAAGAGUCCUCUUCAGAGGAUGACCGGCCUCAAAUGAUAAAGCCGAUUUUUGUCCCAAAGAAUAAGAGAGGGAAAGAGGGCAAAGCAGGGAAAACACAAGAAGACGUUGAUGCUGAAAAGGCUGCAGAGGAUAAAGCCAGACGGGAGGCUGAGACGAGAAAGAAACAAUCACACAUGAUGGCAGCCGAAAGAAUACGACAAGAGCUACAAGAGAAAGAACAUGAAGAAAUGUUGCCAGAUUUAUCGGAUACGGAUGAUAAAGAUCCUGAAGGUGAAUUUGCUGCAUGGAGAAUAAGAGAAUUAACAAGGAUAAAACGUGAAAGGGAAAUACUCAAAGCAAAAGAGGAAGAAAGAGCAGAAAUAGAAAGGAGAAGAGCGAUGCCGGAAGAAGAAAGGUUGAGAGAAGAUUUAGCCAAAGCUGCUGCUUCUCGUGCAGAAAAGGAAAGGCAGAGAAAGGAAGGAGAGCAACAAGGUUUCAUGCAGAAGUACUAUCAUAAAGGUAGCUUCUUUCAAGAUUUGGAUAUUUUGAAAGGUAGAGAUUAUUCGGCCAUGACUGAAUCAGCUGCCGAUAAAAAGAAUUUGCCAGAUGUAAUGCAAGUUCGUGAUUACGGCAAAAAGGGUAGAAGCAAGUGGACGCAUUUGACAAACGAAGAUACAUCCCGUCCACGUCAAGAAGAUCCACGAUUCAAAGGAAUGAGUGGGGUGAAGGACAGAUAACGGGGAACACUUAGAUAACCUCUAUCUCAAACUGGUGUAUAUUAGUUCUGUAUUUUAUGCAAUGCAUUUUCUCUCGCUGAUCUUCCAUUAAAGAAGGACAGCAAGUAUACUGUU